GCUUAAAUCCCUCUGCUCGCAGUGGCUUUGGAGAACAACACACUAAUAAUUGUCAAAUAUUUAAUAUAUGAUUUCAGUUGAUUUCAGCUAAUUUGUUGUUUGGGGGGGUGAUUGCCUUGAAGCUGUGUGUUCCUGCACGCUCAGUACCGGACUGUAUGUACCGUAAGUGACGUUGAACGUUUACUCAGACACCAUAUAGCCCGGAUUCCCUCCCGGAGCGGCGCGUCAGCGGAUCACCGCGGCUGCAGCGUUUAUAAAAAAUCCCACCGCCACUCUUAAGGAACUCCCGCAGCGUGGGUCUCCAGCUGAUAAAUAAUGAUGGACUCGGCUGCAGCCAUCCUGUUCCUGCUGUGCGGUCUCGGCGUCUCUCUGGCGGCUGAUGGAGAAGCUGCGGACGCGACUUUCGCUCACCCAGAGGAUGCAGUGGAUUACAGGGAUCCAUGCAAAGCUGUUGCUUUUUGGGGAGACAUUGCUCUGGAUGAAGAAGAUCUCCGCAUGUUCAAAGAUAGUCAGAGGGUUGACAGAGCACAACAUAGUAACCACACAAACUCAGCCAGUAAUUCCUCUUCUAAUGAGGGAGCUGCAGGCAGCCCGAGUCCCCACCGGUGGAGGAGAGCAGCCACCUCCAGGCCUGAGCGAGUGUGGCCGGACGGCAUCAUCCCGUAUGUGAUAAGCAGGAAUUUCAGUGGCAGCCAGCGCGCCAUAUUCCGUCAAGCAAUGCGUCACUGGGAGAAGCAUACCUGUGUGGUUUUCACAGAGAGGACAACUGAAGAGAGCUACAUUUUAUUUACCUUCAGGCCCUGUGGAUGCUGCUCCUACGUGGGGAGGAGGGGUGGUGGACCUCAGGCCAUCUCCAUCGGGAAGAACUGUGAUAAGUUUGGCAUCGUGGUCCAUGAACUCGGCCACGUGAUCGGCUUCUGGCACGAACACACUCGUCCUGACCGUGACGAGCACGUAAGCAUCGUCAGAGACAACAUCCAGCCAGGACAAGAGUACAACUUCAUGAAGAUGGAACCUGGAGAGGUGAACUCUCUGGGAGAGGUCUAUGACUUUGGCAGCAUCAUGCAUUAUGCAAGGAACACGUUCUCCAGAAGCAUCUUCUUGGACACGAUCUUGCCUCGAUACGAUGUCAACGGCAUUCGACCGUCCAUCGGACAGAGGACAAGGCUUAGUAAAGGGGACAUCGCUCAAGCCCGGAAACUCUACAAAUGUGCAAGUUGUGGGGAAAACCUGCAGGAAAGUGCCGGAAACUUUUCUUCUCCCGGUUUUCCAAAUGGAUACUCAGCGUACACCCACUGUGUUUGGAGGAUUUCUGUCACACCAGGAGAAAAGAUUGUCCUUAAUUUCACUUCCAUGGAUCUCUUCAGGAGUCAUCUCUGCUGGUACGACACCGUAGAAGUUCGAGACGGGUUCUGGAGAAAAGCUCCUCUAAUAGGCCGUUUUUGUGGGAACACAAUUCCAGAUCCGAUCACCUCCACCGACAGUCGCCUUUGGAUUGAAUUUAGAAGCAGCAGCAACUGGGUUGGCAAAGGCUUUUCAGCUUCAUAUGGAGCCAUCUGUGGAGGGGAGUUGAAGCGAGACAGCGGCCAGAUCCAGUCCCCCAAUUAUCCUGAUGACUACCAGUCCAACAAAAUGUGCGUGUGGAGGAUCACAGUGGCAGAAGGGUUUCAAGUCGGGCUCACCUUUCAGUCGUUUGAGAUUGAGAAGCACGACGCCUGUGCCUACGACUACGUGGAAGUGAGGGACGGCGGUUCUGACAGCAGCCCGCUCCUCGGCCGGUUCUGCGGCUACGACAAACCGCAGGUCCUUCAGAGCAGCUCCAACCAGCUCUGGCUAAAGUUUGCAUCUGACGGCUCAGUCAACAAGGCGGGGUUCGCUGCCAGCUUCUUAAAAGAGAUGGACGAGUGCUCCAGACCUGACAACGGGCUCUGCGAGCAGCGCUGCAUGAAUACGCUGGGCAGCUACAGAUGCGCCUGUGACCCUGGAUAUGAGCUGGCGGCAGACAGGCGCAGCUGUGAGGCAGCUGCAUGCGGCGGCUUCAUCACCAGCCUGAAUGGCUCCCUCACCACCCCAGGCUGGCCCAAAGAGUACCCCCACAACAAGAACUGUGUGUGGCAGCUCGUGGCCCCCGUCCAGUACAGAAUCACUCUGGUCUUUGAUGGCUUUGAAACAGAAGGCAACGACGUGUGUAAGUACGACUACGUCGAAGUGCGCAGCGGACUGAGCUCCGACGCCAAGAUCUACGGGAAGUUCUGUGGCACGGAGAAACCCGACGUUAUCACUUCCCUUCAGAACAACAUGAGGAUUGAGUUCAAGUCGGACAACACCGUUUCCAAGAGGGGCUUCAAGGCCCACUUCUUCUCUGAUAUAGACGAGUGCUCCAAAGCCAACGGAGGCUGCCAGCAUGACUGUGUGAACACCUUUGGGAGCUACAGAUGUCAGUGUCGCAGCGGCUUUAUGCUGCAUGAUAAUGAGCAUGACUGCAAGGAAGCUGGGUGUGAUCACUCUGUAAACACUGCAUCCGGCACAAUCAGCAGUCCCAACUGGCCGGACAAGUAUCCCAGCAAGAAGGCCUGCAGCUGGUCUCUGUCCACCACACCGGGCCAUCGGAUCAAACUCAUCUUCACCGAGGUUGACAUGGAGGCUCAUCUGGAGUGUGCUUACGACCAUCUGGAGAUCUUUGACGGCAGAGAUGCUCGUGCCUCCACGCUGGGCCGCUUUUGCGGCACCAAAACGCCCGCCCCAGUUAUAUCCAGCAGCAACCAAAUGUUCCUGCAUUUUCUCUCUGACAACUCAGUGCAAAAGAGAGGUUUUCAGGCUUCAUACAGAUCAGAAUGCGGAGGAAGCCUUAAAGCCGAGGUCAAGACGAAAGACCUGUACUCUCAUGCACAGUUCGGAGAUAACAACUACCCUGGAGGCUUCGACUGUCUGUGGGUGCUCACCGCCGAGAAGGGUUACGGAGUGGAGAUCAUCUUCCAAGUGUUCGAGAUUGAGGAGGAGGCGGACUGUGGCUACGAUUACUUGGAGCUGUACGACGGCGCUGACACCAAGUCUCCCAGACUGGGGCGAUACUGCGGAUCAGGGACUCCAGAGGACGUCUACUCGGCCGGAGACGCCAUCGUUUUGAAGUUCCACUCAGACGACAGCAUCAGUAAAAAAGGCUUUCACGCUCGCUACACCAGCACAAAGUUCCAGGACACGUUGCACACAAGCAGCUAGGCCUAAUCGCAGACGGCCAUCUCGGUCACACCCGUUUCCAGGCGAGGAGUAAAUGCUCGGCUUGACACCACAAGCACCGCCCGGCAUACUUUACGUCUGUCAGACUAAUUGAAACCAUGCAGAAAAAUCUUUCGGCCCCCGUGUUCGGAGCUGUUUGGGUUUAGGAGAGUAGAUCGGGUCGCAUGAUUUUCUGCAGCUUAUUACAGAAACACACUGGAUUAAGAGAUCAAAUGUAUAUAUUGAAAUAUAGUUUGCUGUGAGUCUUGACUUAUAAACCCAUCUUUGGGCUCUCUUCUUGAUUUUACUCUAUCUUGGAUGUUUUUACUUUUUGUUUUUGUUUUAAUGUGGCGAACGACUACAGCUCCAAGCAGGACCUCAGGUGCCCAAGGCAAACCUCCUUUGUUGAGUGAAGCACAUUUUAUUCAUACGUAUGAUCAAAAACAUUUAGAUAUUUCAUCUACUCAAAAUUUCCUGUCUUCUUCUUAUUCCUUGUGCUCUGACAUCACUGGCCGCAUAUUAAAAGGAAACAUGAAGCUGCUGAAAUGAAAGCCGGAUUGUGUUUAUGCUGGUUAGAAACGAGGAAAUGCUUCUUAAAGCCUGUGUGGGUCGUGCAGUAAAUAAACAGCACACUCUGUUGUCUAUAAUUAUUGUAAAUGUCCAGCAAUGUGCCUCCAGUGUAUAAAUGCUAUUACAGCAGCCUCCGCAAUCAUUUGCUACAUUCUGAACAGAAACCUUUGAAAAUAAACUGUUUUUUUUUGGGGUUUUUUUUGGCCGCACUUCUAAACUUUUUAAAUGUUGCCCUGACUGUAGAUAUGCAAAAUUGCUGAGCUGUUUUUUUCUGGUAGCUAUUUUCUGAUUUAUGUAGAUCAACAAAUGUCUCCCUUGCUUAAUCAGUAUGGUUUCUUGUCUUUCCCAUUUUGAAGAGUGACUGAGAGGAAUUGGCCUCUGUGUUGCAUCAUGCUAACACUACAUGGAAACAGGAAGUUAUAGAUUACUAACUAGAAAUGUUUGAGUUUAAUCUUUGUUUAAAUAGGAUUUGUUGGGCCUGUAAGUGUGGCGUCUGAAAUGUUGAUACAUUUUACUAAUGCAGGAUUUUUCUUCCCACUUAACACAUAUACUCAAAUUAAAGGGUACUUCUAUAGUUUUUUUUUUCUUUUCUCUGUGAGAUUAUGCUACUGACGUAAAAGC